GCACAAGCCACGUAUAUAUUUUAAAUUAUGUUUUCAAAAAAUAUUAUACUACUUUUGUGUGUCGUGGGUUUUAAAGCGGAUGAUGGUCCUUAUUGGAAGAUUUCAAAUCCAUUUCUGUAUACCUCAACUACGAAAUGGAAGCAGAUAUUUAACCAAUAUGACAGCCUGAAAGUAGGUUCAAUCUCCGCAACGGAAUUACAGAAAUUAUUAUAUGAAGAGUUCCAAGUAUUUCUCACCAUUCGCCAAGCAAAUGAAUACACAUAUUUAAUUAAUUUAAAGAAAAACUAUGAAAUAGGAUUGAAACAGGUGAAAAAAAUGAGACCGAUAAUAAUUAUUUUGUCACUGCGAGAAGACAGAAAGGAGGAUGAAAAUUCUAUUGAAAACUAUAAUCUGUCUAGAGAAGUUUUCGUCGAAAAAAUAGCGAGUUAUUUUACAGAACUGUUCUUAUACAAGAGAGAAGUUUUAGAAGUACUCAAAGUGGUCGUCCAUAAUCGUUAUACAUUACCAAUUGAAUCGAAGGAGUACCUCAAAAUAAUAAACAUGUUGACGGCUUCGCUACGGAUGACACGUAUACACAAGGAUUACAAAUCUAACGGCGACCCUAAUGUUGAUUUCCUUCAAUAUAUAAGCGAACAUUGGAUGGCCAAAGAUAAUUUUUCGUGUUCCAUACCUAAUCUCGAGUAUCGACACAUAAUUAAUAUAAAUCCAAAUCUAAAUAACAUGUCACCAAAUAAAUGGAAGAAGAUUUUUAACCAAUACAAAAGCGACAAUGAUGGUUUAAUCUCCGAAAUGCAAUUACAGAAAUUAUUAUACGAAGAGUUCCACGUAUUUCUCACCAUUCGCAAUGCGAUGAAUUUUGAUCUGGUCACUUUAGGUAUAGUUGUAAACGUAGCUGAAAACGAGGAACAAAAUAGUUUUCCGUCAUUAUUGGAUGAAAAUGAUCAAUCAUUUAAAAUUGAUAAAAAGUCAGCGUCGGUGACAACAGGAACUCCUUAUAAUCGAUCGGUAGUUACUGACGAGAUUCCCGAAAAAGAACUAUAUCUCAACGGUUUACCGAAAGACUUGUUGCAUUAG